UGACUGGCCCGCCACGCCGGCGGCUGCGGCCGGGCCUCGGUGGGCGGGGCCGCGGACGGAGCGGGGGCGUCGCCCGGCAGAGGGCCCACGCCGGCUCAGCCUUCGCGAGCGACGAGUGGCGACCGCAGCUGAGCGUGUGAGGAAGCCGUUGCUUUUUCAGUCGCUCUCUUCCAGGAUCCGUCUGGCGGUCGGAAUGGCCCGUGGAAAUCAACGAGAACUUGCCCGCCAAAAAAAUAUGAAGAAAACCCAGGAAAUUAGCAAGGGAAAAAGAAAAGAGGAUAGCUUGACUACCUCUCAGAGAAAGCAGAGGGACUCUGAGAUCAUGCAACAAAAGCAGAAGGCAGCUAAUGAGAAGAAAUCUAUGCAGACAAAAGAAAAAUGACUGGCUAUUUGGAAAACCUGGGUGCUACUGCCAACUGGGUGUAUCAUAAGCUCUAAGAUCAAGAUUUUGUAGAGUGAACAGUCAUUAAAUAUGUUAUAACUUAUCCUUAUAAAACUGUCUAUUUUAAACUUUACCUUUCAGCUUGAUCUAGUGUGAUGUUUUAGAACCAUUCUUCAAAAAAUAAAACACUGUGCAUGUGA